AUGAACCGUUAUUCCGCUCUGGUGGUGCUUUGUUUGGCCGCACUGGCCAGUGCUGAUGAAUCCCUAGGUGCGUCUCCAUGGAAUGGACGCAUCAUCGGUGGUCUCAAUGCGGUAAUGGGUCAAUUUCCGUACCAAGUGUCGCUGCGCACUUUGGCAGAUUUUCACUUUUGCGGAGGCGCCAUAAUUGGUGAUCGCUGGAUCCUCACGGCUGCACACUGUGGCCUCGGGCGUAAGCCCGCCGAGAUGGUGGCCGUAGUUGGAGCGCUUUCGAAGUCUAUCGGAGGCCACAGCUACGACGUCCGGGAGAUCAUUGUGCAUCCGAACUUUAACGAAUGGACACAGGAGAACGAUGUCGCCAUAGUGCGCACCCGUACGGCGAUGUCGUUCAACUCGGUGGUAUUCCCGGUGAGGAUGGCACGCACCUUCACUCCGGAGGGACGCGCGGUUCUCGCUUCUGGUUGGGGUCUGUCCUCACUUACAGCCGUGUCGAACCAGAAGGACGUGAUGCAGUACGUCGCUUUGCGUACGAUCAGCAACGAAGAGUGCAAGGUGCGGUUCGAGCGCCUGCAGAACCGAGUCGUGGUCGAUUCCAGUCUGUGUACUUAUAGCCGGCAGACACAGGGCACCUGCAUGGGAGACUCCGGAGGUCCGCUGGUGAACGAUGGUGAGCUCGUUGGUUUGGUUUCGUGGGGCAUUCCUUGUGCGGCCGGCUAUCCGGACGUCUAUGUGCGCGUUGCAUCGUUCCGUGCUUGGAUUUCCGCAAUGACUGGAGUGUACUGA